AUGGCGUCAACGCCGCCUCACCGGUCCAUGACCACCACCAACACCCACCCUCAGAUCCGCCAACAACCCAACCCCACACACCGUCCAUGGCUCCCCCAACGCCUCCCCUCCCACCCUCGCCACACCCGCGCCGUCACCUCAGCUCCCCCCUCCUCCUCCGCCGUCUCCGCCCCUUCCUCCACAAAGUUUCCACCUUUACAAACCCCCAAGUCCGCCUCCUCCGAUUUCUCCGGCCGCCGCUCCACCCGCUUCGUCUCCAAGAUGCAUUUCGGCAGACCCAAGACCUUAUCUUCCUCCCGCCACAGCUCCGCCGCCGAAGAGGCUCUCCAGAGCGCUAUCAGCUUCUCCGGCGACGACGAGACUUUCCAAGCUUUGAUCUUUAGCUUUGAAUCCAGCCUCCGCGGCUCUGAUGACUACACUUUCAUCCUCAGGGAGCUUGGGAACAGAGGUGAGUGUGAUAAAGCCGUUAGAUUUUACGAGUUCGCCGUGGCGCGUGAGGGGAGGAAGGUGGAGCAAGGGAAGUUAGCGAGUGCGAUGAUUGGUACUCUUGGUAGGUUAGGGAAAGUGUCUAUCGCUAAGAGAGUCUUUGAAGGUGCUUUAGCUGGUGGGUAUGGGAACACUGUUUACGCCUUCUCGGCUAUUAUAAGCGCUUAUGGGAGAAGUGGGCUUUAUGAGGAAGCUAUUGGUGUGUUCAACUCUAUGAGAAGCUAUGGUUUGAGAGCUAAUUUGGUUACUUAUAACGCUGUGAUUGACGCUUGUGGGAAAGGAGGGAUGGAGUUUAAGCAAGUAGCUGAGUUUUUCGAUGAGAUGCAGAGGAACAAUGUGCAGCCUGAUAGGAUUACUUUUAACUCUCUCCUCGCUGUUUGUAGCAGAGGAGGGUUGUGGGAAGCUGCGAGGAAUCUGUUUGAUGAGAUGUCGAAGAGAGGGAUUGAGCAGGAUGUGUUUACUUACAAUACUCUUUUGGAUGCUAUCUGUAAAGGUGGGAAGAUGGAUCUUGCUUUUGAGAUUCUUGCUCAGAUGCCUUCCAAGAGAAUCAUGCCUAACGUUGUGAGUUAUAGUGCUGUCAUCGAUGGGUUUGCUAAAGCUGGGAGGUUUGAUGAGGCUUUGAACUUGUUUGAUGAGAUGAAGUAUCUCGGUAUUGCGUUGGAUAGAGUCUCUUACAAUACGUUGCUUUCGAUAUACACUAAGCUUGGUAGAUCUAAAGAGGCUUUGGAUGUUUUGAGAGAGAUGGCGUCUGUUGGGAUCAAGAAGGAUGUAGUGACUUAUAACGCUCUUCUUGGAGGGUAUGGGAAGCAGAGAAACUAUCUUGAAGUCAAGAAUGUUUUCGCUGAGAUGAAACGGGAGCGUGUGAUGCCUAAUCUACUGACUUACUCGACGUUAAUCGAUGUCUACUCGAAAGGGGGUUUGUAUAAAGAGGCUUUGGAGAUAUUUAAGGAGUUUAAAAGCGCUGGUUUGAGAGCUGAUGUUGUUUUGUACAGUGCAUUGAUUGAUGCAUUGUGCAAGAAUGGGUUGGUGGGUUCUGCUGUUUCUUUGAUCGAUGAGAUGACAAAGGAAGGGAUCAGCCCUAAUGUUGUAACUUAUAAUUCUAUAAUUGAUGCUUUUGGUCGUUCUGCAACAAUGGAGUGCUUAGCUGAAUCUGGAGAUGGUGGAGUUGGAUCAUCCUCUUUACCUUCUUCUUCUAUAAGUAAAUUGACUGAAACAGAGGAUAAUCAGGUGAUGCAGAUAUUUGGGAAACUAACCAUCGAGAGUAAUAAUAGGGUGAAGAAAGAUUGUAAGGAGGGUAUGCAUGAGCUCUCCUCUAUAUUGGAAGUUAUCCGCAAAAUGCAUCAGCUGGAAAUAAAACCAAAUGUUGUAACCUUUUCCGCUAUUCUGAAUGCUUGCAGUCGGUGCAACUCAUUCGAAGAUGCAUCGAUGCUGCUAGAGGAGCUCAGGCUGUUUGAUAAUCAGGUGUAUGGUGUUGUUCAUGGACUUCUCAAGGGUCACAGAGAGAAUGUGUGGCUCCAGGCUCAGAGCUUAUUCGACAAAGUAAACGAAAUGGAUGGUUCCACUGCUGCUGCCUUCUACAAUGCUCUUACCGACAUGCUCUGGCACUUUGGUCAGAAACGUGGAGCGCAACUGGUGGCGCUUGAGGGAAGGUCUAGACAAGUUUGGGAGAACGUGUGGUCUGAGUCUUGCUUGGACUUGCACCUUAUGUCUUCUGGUGCUGCACGUGCAAUGGUCCAUGCUUGGUUGCUUAACAUACGCUCCAUUGUCUAUGAAGGUCAUGAGUUGCCUAAACUUUUGAGCAUAUUGACUGGUUGGGGGAAACACAGCAAAGUGGUUGGAGAUGCAGCACUAAGGCCAGCGGUUGAAGCGCUUUUGAGGGGAAUGGACGCACCGUUCUACCUUUCAAAAUGCAACAUGGGACGGUUCACAUCAAGCGGUUCGGUGGUAGCAACUUGGCUGCGUGAAUCAGCCACACUCAAACUCUUGAUCGUCCAUGACCACAUAGCCACCAAAGGUGGUAGCACAACAAAGAGAUCAACAGAAGAGCAUGAACAAACCUCUCUCACUUUGCAGCCUCUUCUUUUGUAG